UCCAUCCAAACGAUGGAAAAUGAUAAGAAUAAGCUUAGUCUGGAUGUACUUAUAGUAUUUUUCAAGUUGAUCGGUGUAUUUCCAUUUGGAUACAAUAGAAAAAAGAAAAUUCGUACUUCGAAUCGUGAUCAUUCUUCGUGUUCCUCUAUCACCAGUGUAACGUAUAAUCUCGUGUUAAUCGCGGUUGUCUGUACUCUUUAUAUAAGAAAAGCUAUCAUUAAUCCGAGUUCAUACCUGGAAAAGUUAGUGGCCGAUCCCUUGACCGAUGUUGAAGUCAAUCUUGGGAGUGUGGUGUUGGUGAUCCUCUGGAGCUGCUUUCUGCUGAAUUGUCAUAACGUCGUGGAAGUGUUUGACAAUUUUUUGGAAAUUAUAAGACUUCUGGAAAAUCACGAGUCCUACUGGGUCCGACGAAGGGAGAAAAAGGUUGUGCUGACAAUCACAGUCCAUGUAGUUUUGUGGAUCAUCAUAGCCUGGUUUGCAUAUGAUGCUUGGGAUCCCUCAGAUUGGGCUUCCAGUGGCUGGUACCUUCUGUACAUGUUCUCCAAGUUUGUGAUGACCUCGUGUAUCUUACAAUAUACUUUGCUGUGUUAUGUGAUAAGAAAUAUGGCAGGAUGUUUGAACACCAUUUUGUUGAACUUUUAUCAGGUGACUCCUCAUUAUCGGAAUCCGAAAAUUUUGCAGUUCAAGAAUAUCAGAUUCAUGUAUUGUUCUGUGUGGGAUUUUACAAGAGCUGUCAAUCAUGUCUAUGGGGUGCCUAUCCUCAUUAUCAUUACAUAUCUCUGUUAUGGAGUCAUUUACACUCUCUCAAUGCUGACCUUGAGCAUUAAAAGUGGAGCAAUCCUGGCAGCCCUCCACGUACAUCGGCAAUUUUACACACUUCAUUUCACUAUAGGAGUUGCUGUGUGUAUUUUAAUAUGGAGCACCACAUCAGCUAUUAGAGAGUUUCAGGAUACUGGAUUGACAGUUUACAGAAUAUUUCAUCGAUUCGAAGAGAACGUAGUAUUGCAGAAAGAGGUUCAAAGUUUUUCCCUCGAGCUUCUGCACCAACAUCUCGGCUUCUCCGCCAAUGGUUUCUUCGAUUUGGAUUAUCCAUUCAUUCAAACGGUCAUCAGUGCAAUUAUUUCGUAUGGAGUUCUUCUCGUGAACAUCAGCAGAUAAUUUCUGUUGAACAUUGAGCCGAACACAGAGCUGAUGAGAAUCUUCGUUUUCCCUUGUGUCUUUUGUCUUU